GAUCACCAUCAUCAUCAGAAGCCUGCAUAUCAAAAGUGUCUAAUGGUGUUCUCUCGAUUUAGUUCUCUGGCACGUAGCUUGCUGAGUUAACAGUUGUAACAGGAACGAGUGGUACUACCAUUAGACAUCACAGCUUACGUGAGCCCUACUGCAAAACGCGAGCGAAGUUGCGAUGAGCAAUACUAGCAAUGCCACGUUAGCUUCGAUCGCCGAGCCGCACUACCAGCACCAAGACAGCCCGUCAGAAUCCGAACACAGAGGGAAUGCCGAUGUUCGGCUUUACCUUGAGUCCAAACUUCCACAGAGCGGUGAUUCUGUGCCGCUGACGGCAGCUGUCCAACUGCUACGAAAUGAACUGAAAUGGCCACAUCUGAGUUCAACGCAGGUACUGAAUGCUUGCUUGGAGACAGCUGGCCGGUUGAACUUCCAAGUCAAGGAGGGUCAAGUUGUCAUUUGCCGUGGCAGAACACCUUCACUGCCGUCAUCCGCGGAUGGCGAGCCAUCUACGCCGGGACCCGUGUGCGCCGAUGUCAACGUGAUACAACCACUGCCCUACACCUUGGAGAACGAGUUCUUCCCAGUUCAUGUCCGCCAUAUAAUUAGCCCCGAAGCCAUCGUCAUAAACUUGGCUGGGAGCUUGAGCGAUCAGUUGGCAGAGAUGCACAAAGCAAUGACAUUGUUCUACUCUCAUCCUGGCAAGGGGGCAACUGGCGGGCAGGAGCUAGCCGCGCAGGAUCUGGUUGCUGGCACCUUGUGCGCUUACCCGCACGUCGACACGUCUGGUUCCGGAGCGGAAAGGUGGUGCCGUGGAGUUAUAACGGAUUUGCAUCAGGACGGCAUGAUCAGAGUCACGGAUGUCGACAGCGGCGUAAAAACCCUGAAACCAAGCACCAGCUUGCGCCAGCUCGCCUCGCAUUUCUGUAAGCUACCACGGCAAGCUAUAACAGUACGGCUAUACCGGCUACGUCCUGCCUACGGAGGGGUAUGGGGACUUGAAGCGUGUACUAGGUUGGCGGAGUUGGUCUGGGACGAGGCAGUCAUGUGCCGACUCGUCACCUAUGUAGACGACAUGCCUGCUGUUAUCAUGUGCAAAACAAGUGGUCCAGAUGACAUCUAUGCGAGUAACGUACUCAUUGAGGAAUGCCUGGCACUUCCACUGGGGUCGUCUGACGAUGAAGACUAAUAUCUUCAGUUGGUAGAAUGUGGACUUCAUUGAUCAGAGUUCUGCUACCAAUGUAUGGGUGUGGUCUGCAUCACCCUUUUUUUUCCCUGCAGUGUAUGCACAGUGUACAUGCACAUUAUUUUGUUAUGAGCUCUAUGCUGCAAAGCCUGCAUGUUGUUUCUUAUGUUGUGUGGCAUUUUACCCAUUGUUGACUUCUGUAAAAGCCAUUCCUUUUCAUUGCCAUGUCUGUUAGUCAAAACCUUGCAACAGUUACAUUAAACUUUGGUCAUACUGUGUGUGUGUAUUGUCUUGGUUAUGUCUUCUGAAGUAAUUAAAAGGUGCUCUAGGAUAAUUCAGUUCCUUUUCAAGGUCCUAACUAAGCAACUAAGACUCGCAAUGUCAUCACACUUUUGUGUUCACCAGUUGUUUUCCCACUGUACAUUUACAUUAUUUUAUUAUGUGCUGUAUGCUGCAAAGCCUGCCUGUUUUUUCUUAUUGUAUGUGUUGUAUCUUAUCCAAUGUUGACUUCUAUAAAAGCAACUCCUUUUCA